GUCCACAUCGGCACAUUUGGCAGGCAGCAGCUGCUUGAACGUUGCGUAACCUCAUCAAGAGUUCACUCACCCACCCAUCGAUUCGCAUUUUCACCAUGGCAGCCGCGAAGAAAGUCUGCAUCAUCGGAUCUGGAAAUUGGGGCUCUGCCAUUGCCAAGAUAGUGGGUGCCAACGCCGCUCGGAAUUCCAAAUUUGACAACACGGUAAAAAUGUGGGUGUUUGAGGAGUUGGUGCAUGGGCGCAAACUGACUGAAAUUAUCAACACUGACCAUGAGAAUGUGAAGUACCUUCCUGGGCACAAGCUACCAGCAAAUGUGCUGGCAGUUCCAGACCUGGUGGAGGCAUCCGGUGAUGCAGACAUUCUGGUGUUUGUCAUCCCGCACCAGUUUAUUGGCAAAGCCUGCGACACCAUGAAGGGCAAGAUAAAGAGUGAUGCACUGGGCAUAUCUCUAAUCAAGGGAGUUGACGAGGGGCCUGAUGGACUUAAACUCAUUUCUGAUGUAAUCCAGGAGAAGCUUGGCAUUGCAAUGAGUGUGCUGAUGGGGGCCAACAUUGCCAACGAAGUAGCUGAUGAAAAGUUUUGUGAGACUACCAUUGGAUGCAAGAACGAAAACCAUGGGGCUCUUCUAAAGGAACUCAUGCAGACCAGCAACUUCCGUGUGACUGUGGUGCCAGAGCAUGAUGUGGUGGAAAUCUGUGGAGCGUUAAAGAACAUCGUUGCCGUCGGGGCAGGUUUCUGUGAUGGUCUGGGUUUCGGGGACAACACCAAAGCGGCAGUGAUCCGGUUGGGACUAAUGGAGAUGAUCGCAUUUGCCCGCAUUUUCUGCACUGCCGGGCCUGUGUCCUCUGCAACCUUCCUGGAAAGCUGCGGCGUUGCGGAUCUCAUCACAACCUGCUACGGUGGCCGUAAUCGCAAGGUCGCCGAGGCCUUUGCAAAGACGGGAAAGUCUAUUGAGGAGCUGGAGAAAGAGAUGCUGAACGGUCAAAAGCUGCAAGGACCAGCCACUGCAGCUGAGGUCUAUCUCAUCCUCAAGCACAAAAACUUGGUUGACAAGUUCCCACUAUUCAAUGCAGUCUAUCAGAUCUGCUACCAGGGCCAUCCAGUCACAGAGUUUAUCAGCUGCUUACAAAACCAUCCAGAGCACAUGUAAAAGUCAAACAAACUGACCAAGUGCCUUCUACAUGGAGAACGUUACCACGUCAUCCGUUACUCAUCCGAAAACUUGCUGUGACCAGUCACUUUACAGCUGUGACCCAACACAGUGGCCCUCGUGAUCACUCCAUGGAGACGCUGCAUAACAGUUGUUUUUAAGUCACUCAUUUUGUCCUUCACCGUAGGUUAAAGUGCUUUUUCAGUUCAUGAAACCAUGCUGAAGCUUGAUAGAUGAUUUUUUUUCUCUGUUUCGCGAUGUUUUCUUCUUGCUUGUGUCGUGAUGCCAGAGGAGAAAUCAGGAUCUCUAAAUGUCAUACUUGACUCCCGCCACUAGGAGGCUGUCAACAGUGACUCGACUGGAUUUAGUAUGACUGCCCUUCACAUAACAUUGUAUAAUGUUUGUGGGGGCAUGAAAAGCACGAAUUCAAAUUCGAAUAUCCAGCAGAUAUGGACAACGUAAUAAUGAUGCCGUCCAGUUGAUACCUGUCCAUUAACGGAAGCUAUUUGAUCAGAAUGUAACCCAUGUCUUAGUAGCUUUUAGUGUCCGCAAAUCAUUUCUUGUCUUGUACGUUGUAUUGAUAACGCACAGCAACUGUUUUUACUCAACGCAAGUGCCUUAGAAUGCACGGUUGCUACUCUAAGUCUUGGCUAAUGCACCUAAUCGUGCAAACCCAAUACUUCUGAAAUGUCCGUCCACUUGUUCACGUAACUGCCUAAGAGCUUGCAUUUUUUAAUGCUAUGUCAACAUUUGUCAUUUGUGAAUAAAUUGCUAUGUUGACAUUGGUGGAAUAAUUGUUGUGCCCACAGAAAAAGUUUCACGGCAUUUCAUAAAGGUAGAAAGAAAAAAAAAAGGGGGGUUCAUAACAUUUCUUGAUUUGAAACAUAAUUAAUGUUUUUCCAUGUAAGAGGUAAUUGUGUUUAAAAUCUCCAUCAGUAAACGCAAUGCAUUGUGUGUAGCAAACGUUUCGUCAGAUGAGUCGCUGCAGAAAGCCUAACUGUGGUUGUUCUAACUGGUCCUCCUGCGUUAACAUUCCCUCUGUACACCUUCGAAAGCAAUGGCUUUUCACUCUACAUUUUCUUCGAGCUGAUGUCACAGUUGACUGUACGCUGUCGAGACGACCGAAAUAACGGAGCAAGAUGCUCAGUUUCCUAGCUCAUGAAGAUUUGAGUUUGGCUUACUGUUGACCUGCGUUAACAUACCCAGCGUAUCUAACAAGUAGUGAUAAGAGUACAAUAAUAUUUUACCCAAGUUAGAGCUACUCUCAGCACCAAAGCAGGAAAUCUGGUGGUUAAAAUACUUGCAUGUUUCGUUAAAAGAAAAUCUCUGGAAUUAUUUAGGGAAAAAAAAUUGAUACAAAAGGUGUGUAGCAAAUGCUGCAGUAAGUUUACAAUGGAUAUUUCUAUCUGGAACUACAAUAUAGCGCUUGAAUAAAACUUCUACCGUGAAACGUAUUCAUAAAGAAGCAAAAGUAGUUUUAUUACGUAUGUAGAUAUAGUAGUAUUGCUAGCAUUACAUGACUGUGCAGAACAGAGCAGUACACAGUUGGUCAUUACAAGGACAUUCAAAGAUGUGGAAACCUGCUUCGCUUUUCUACAUCUAAAAUAUGGAAUGAACUUGAAUAAGUCUGAACAUGUAAACAAAAGGGAAUGCAAUCAGAGGGAGGCUAGUUGAGAGCGCUUGCCUUCUCACCUGAGAGGACACUUAAGACUAUUCCAAUAAAAAUGCUGCAAAGAAACUAUCAGCAUCCUCCCGUGUGUCUAUUUGCAGGAGGCAAUCUUCUGAUCACAGGGAGAGAAGGUGGAG